CUUGCUCCAGUACUACACCCCACCGCUUUCUAUCUCUCCAUUGUAUUGCGACCAUGACCCUUAAUCUAAACCGUACCAGUGAGAUAUACUUCCAGAAGUUAUUGGGUGGCGGCCCAAAGGGGAAAUCCGGCGGCUUAAGCGCCGCCACGACAACGACCACGGGGUCCUCGUCACUCCCUGGAGCCAAGGCCCGGGUCUUGCUUCUUGACAACCAGACGACCCCCGUGGUGUCGAUGUCUUACACCCAGUCGCAGCUCUUGCUGAACGACGUGGUGCUCGUCGAGUUGUUGGAGAACCACACGAGAUUGAACCCCAUGAAGCAUUUGAAUUGUGUUGUUUAUGUCAAGCCCACCGACCAAUCGGUGGCUCAAUUGAGUCGCGAGUUGUCCUCACCGCACUACAACUCAUACCAGAUCUUCUUCAGCAACACCGUGUCCAAACAGCAAUUGGAAAGACUUGCCGAGAGCGAUGAAUUUGACUUGGUGGUGUCAGUUUGUGAGAUUUUCCAAGAUUAUUUGGUGGUCAAUGACAAUUUGUUUACUCCUAUAGCUAGACCAAUUGGUAAUGCUUCCUCUCAAUCAACCCUUCUCCUUGAAUCCAAUUCCUUGACCUCGUUACUUCUCCUGUUGAAGUGUUGUCCCGUGAUCAAGUACGAGCUGAAUUCUCAAGAUCUAAGGAAACUUUCUCUGGAGGUGCUUUAUUCCAUCAAUUCGAACUCUAACAACAAUUUAUUUGAUGAUUUGAACCAUAACAGAGACUCUCCGCCCAUUUUGUUGUUGUUGGACCGGAAAAACGACCCCAUUACGCCGUUGUUGACCCCCUGGACAUACCAAUCAAUGAUCCAUGAAUUGAUGGGGAUCAAGAAGAAUGUGGUUGAAUUGGACACCAGUAGUAGUAGUUCUAGUUCUAGUUCUGAUUCCCCAAAUCUAGACUCCCUGAGCCUUACCCUCUCCUCAGUCCAUGACUCUUUCUACUCCUCAUCAAUGUAUCUCAACUAUGGAGAUCUCACCGAUAAGGUCCAGAAAUAUGUUGAGGAAUAUAAAACUCAAACCAAACAAUCAUCUGCUGCCAAUCUUCAAUCGAAAAAUCUUUCAGAUCUCAAGAAUUUCCUUGUCAAAUUCCCGGAAUUCAAGAAAUUCCUGACAAAUGUCUCGAAACAUCUCAACAUUGUCAGUGAGUUGGACCGUCAUAUCAACGAGGAACGGCUCUGGGAUGUUGGUGAGCUCCAACAGACCAUUGCCGGUGAUUUGGAGUCCCAUUCACAGAUCAAAUCGAGACUUCGUGAUCUUUUAAAUAAUUCGGAAGCUCCAGCUCCAGCCCCAACACUGCAAGCACUGCAACCACUGCCAAUUUCGACUCUUCACAAACUCAAAUUAACCCUUCUUUACGCUCUCAGAUACGAGACUUCCCCGGACAACGAGACCAACCAGUUCAUCUCGAAAUUGGAAGACCCGAGCUUGACCUCUCCAUUACCCACCACCGAACAACUAUCACUCCUUAGAAGCUUCCACAAGUACAUUGGGAACAAAACAAGAACAACCUCCCUGCUGACAAACGCCAAUAACCCCACGGGAGGGCUUUUCAAUGGGAAAAAGUUCAAUGAACUUUUCAAAAAUGCCACCAAUCAAAACCAACCGGACAACAUUUACAUGCAACACGUGCCCAAGCUCUACGAAACGUUGACGGGAAUCACCGGCAGACAACAGGGCGAGACCAGCUCCACGUCGCCACCUCCAGCGACACAGCUGGGUGCCCUGAGUCUUACCACGCUUGUGCCGGAGGCGGUGACCAGACAGUACGGCGCCCAAGUAUCGGACCACGUACAGGACGUUAUUGUGUACAUCAAGGGCGGUGUCACGUACGAGGAGGCCAGACUAGUCCAUGAAUGGAACAACGCCACCCUGAUGAAGUUGAACAUCAUCAUUGGAGGCGACUCCAUAUUGAACAGCAAGGCUUGGGUAGACAAGUUAUGCGACUUGGUGAGUCUGACCGAGACAAAUAGACUGCAAGAGGCACCUGGUCUUAGCAGACAGGCCCAAUUAAGAGAUUUAUUGUAGUCACCUCCUCAUUGCUGAUCUGUGGGUCACGUAGGGAAAGGGUGUGGAACACCCUACGGGGUCUAUAAGCCGCUCCGCUGGCACUCCGUGGGCCACUAGCCGUGGGGGCCUUGUUCCUCUAUCGAGGAAAGCCCUGACUACGGGAGGUCUCCUCGUAGAGGAGCUAGGCACCACGCAGUGGCUCACCCCGAGUAGGGGCCAGCGGAGCGUCGGAGAGAGAGCUUGAUAUGUAAGCCACCCACAUCCAAUGCAUGGUACUGACUAUGGUAGCCCAUCCUUCUUCCACAGAGCAUCUGGGAAAUGCGGCUCAAUGAUUCCUCCUAGACGGAGCGAGAAACGGGUCAUACAUUGGAGUUACGAUAAGUAUAUAUUAACUAGUUUUAUCUAUACACACAUAUGCGUGUUUUACACUCAGAGAGAUCU